AUGCUGCAGUCUGGAGGACGCUGCAUGCUGCUGGCCCAGUGCUGGACACCAGAGCUGACAAUCACUGAAUUGGUUGUGAGCCCAUGUCAGAUCCAGUGGCCCUUGCUCUCCUCAGAGCAUGCCAGUUCUAAACCAUUGUACAUAUGUGGACUGUUUUUUGCUGUCCUUGUUGACUAUGUACAUAUAUAUAAAAUGGACAUAAAGAGUUCAUGCUUUCAGAUAAAAGUAGAUGCAUAUUUAGAGCAAUUUUUAAAAAAAAGAAAUCAAAACUUCAUGAAAUCCACACCAAAGGGAAGUUAA